AUGCAAUUGCCGGUUCUCGGCUGCACUUUCCUCACGCUGUCAGAGCGUGACGAAAGUACUGCCGAGAACCGGCAGUUGUCAGAGCAGGGAUCGGCACUGAUGAUCAGUGCCCUGAUGAUCGGUGCCCAGCAGUGCCACCCACCAGCUCCACACACCUGUGCCACACACCUGUGCCACCCAGUGCUGCCAUCAGUGCCCAGCAGUUGCGCCAGUCAGUGCCACCUAUCAGUGCCGCCUAUCCGUGCCACCUCAUUAGUGCUGCCUAUCAGUGCCCAUCAGUGCUGCCUAUCAGUGCCCAUCAGUGCCGCCUAUCAGUGCCCAUCAGUGCCGCCUAUCAGUGCAACCUCA